AUGCGUGACUAUGGCAGCGAUCGACCCCCAUACCAACGCCGUGAGUAUGCGUACGAACGUCCUCGACCUGCGCCCUACCACCUUGACGAUGCUCGGGAUUCCCGAAGGGACAACUGGGAGAGGCGCGGAGACUAUUCUAGGUCACGCGAAGACUUUAGAAGCUACCGCUAUGAUGAUCGCGACCGCCGUGAGCCCCGACGUGACGUGCAGCCUCUCCGCCUGGAGCUGCCCGCCAAGCGAGACCCGCCCACCCGGCCACAGCUAUCUGUCCCCGUCAAAGUGCGCAAAGGCCCGCGACCUGGUACACUGGCCCGGCGUGCGCGUGAGAAACCGGCACCGUUGUCUGAGCGUCAAUUCCACGGAUGCAGUAAUAUCGAUGCGUACGACCUCACUGUGAAGUUGGGUCAGGGCACCUUUGGUGAAGUGAAGCAAGGCAUACAAAAGGCCACAGGCCGGAGUGUCGCUCUGAAGAAGGUCACUAUCUAUGAGGUGAAAGACGGCCUUCCCAUCACGGCACUGCGAGAGAUCAAGCUCCUAAAGAUGCUUCAUCACCCUUAUAUUGUGCCUGUGAUUGACAUGGCAUACCGUGCAUCCACCGAGCGCGGUAAAAUGGGCGAUGUAUACAUGGUCGAGCCCUAUAUGGACCAUGACUUGAACGGCUUGUUGGACAACCCGUCCGUGCAGCUGCCCAUGAACCAAAUCAAACUAUACAUGCGCGAGCUUCUCGAGGGUAUGCUAUACUUGCACAAGAAUCAUAUCAUGCAUCGUGACAUGAAGGCAGCCAACCUGCUGAUUGACAACCAUGGCCAGCUUCAGAUUGCUGACUUUGGUCUCGCGCGCCCCUUCCAUGACCGGGACGAAGCUUGGCGCAAUCGCGGAUGGAAAAGCACACACAACUACACGGAAAUGGUCGUGACCCGCUGGUAUCGUCCUCCUGAGCUACUUGCUGGGCUGCGGUCCUAUGGUCCUGCCAUCGACAUGUGGGGGGUUGGGUGCAUCCUCGCCGAAAUGAUCACACGCAAGCCGAUCUUUAAGGGGACGUCCGAAAUUAAUCAGCUGGAGCUGAUUGCAGCUCUUUGUGGCUCACCCAAUGACGACAACUUUCCCGGGUGGUCGACCCUGCCUGGUGUAAAAAAUGCGACGUCAUCGGGUCGACCAGACCCCAAUCCGAAUGUUCGUGGCCGUCAUGAUUUUGGUCGUUAUCCCCGCAACGUGCGGCAUCAUUUCACUACGGUAGUGGACUGUGGCCGUGAAUGUGCCGAUCUGAUCGACAAGCUUCUUGUACUGGAUCCUGCCAAGCGCAUGACAGCCGCAGAGGCCUUGGAGCACGAGUGGUUCUGGACCAAGCCGUAUCCGGCGGAUCCUGCGUCCCUACCCAAAUAUCUGCCAUCCAAGGAAAUUGACCGCAAUCGCCGCGACCGCAAGGCUCCUGCAGCCGUACCGGCAGGUCACCCCGGCAUGCCGCCUCACCCAGGUAUGCCGCCUCACCCAGGCACGGCUCCUAUGGCAGGUGCACCCACGUCCAAGAGUGCCUAUCCACCCAUGCCACGUCUCCCGAGUGCCUCUGGUGUGGGGGGACAGGGCUAUGGCCGGUCCAAGGACUAUGGAUGGUAUAAUCCUAGUGCACCGCGAGGGCCUGGCACGCGGCCGGAGUAA